AUGACUCCUAUGAUACAGCAUCGCCUUGAAGAUAACGUAACAUUUUUGUUGAAUCAGUUAAUUGCAAGUCAUGAUAGAAGAAUACGACCAAAUUAUGGAGGUAAAUUAAUACCAUUUGUAUUGAUAAUACAAAUAGUGGUCGUGACUGGCCUUAAAGGACCUCCAACAAUAGUGAAUGUUACAGCUCAUAUAACGACAAUUAGUGCUAUAUCCGAAGUGUCCAUGGACUAUACAAUCGAUUUGUAUUUACGACAAUUUUGGUGCGAUCCUCGACUUUCGUUUGUAAGCUAUGAUCAAAAUUCAUUGACAAUUGGGAUUGAUGUGGUUAAAAAUAUUUGGACUCCAGAUACAUUUUUCCCAAAUGAGAAAAAAUCGUACUUCCAUGAAGCAACUACCCAUAAUUCCUUCUUGCGGAUUGAUAAAAAAGGAAAUGUCUUAAGAAGUAUAAGGCUAACCGUUACAGCUAAUUGCCCAAUGAAUUUGCAUAAGUUCCCAUUGGACAUUCAAAUCUGUGCGCUUGAAAUCGAGAGUUAUGGCUAUAGUGAUCGAGAUAUAAUUUAUCACUGGCAUCAAGGAACUGAUUCUGUAACAAUUGAUGAAAAAGUUCAUUUAGCUCAUUUCUCCAUCGGUGAACAUUUUCAUGUUGAACGAGUAAUAUCACUAAGUACAGGUAAUUAUUCUCGAUUAUCGACAUAUUUCACAUUCAAACGCAACAUAGGCUUUUAUCUUAUUCAAAUUUAUUUACCAUCAUCGUUAAUAGUCGUCAUUUCAUGGGUAUCAUUCUGGCUGAAUAGAGAUGCAACCCAGGCUAGGGUUGCAAUCGGUGUGACGACAGUUUUAACGAUGACGACUUUGAUGACAUCAACAAAUGCUUCAUUACCAAAGGAGAUCGGAAAUGGAAUGAAUAAAUUAAAGUGGACAAUAAUGGGCAAAGAAGAAAGGCAGAUUGACAGGCAAAGGUCUGGCAUGGGCCUUCAACAAGCCUGCCAUUUGGAUGAUGGCCACCUACAUCGCCAAAUGACUGCUUAG